AUGUCGCAACCUCCUAUAAAUAAUAGACCGCCUGGAGGACCUCCAAUAUUACCACCAGUCAAGUUGGAUAAUCAACGUCGGGGGUCUGGAAAUAUUUAUAACUUGCCGCCGAUAAGUAGCAAUAAUAGGACGGGCCCUUCCACAAAUGGGAACCCUUCAAAUGGCUUUUCAAUCCCUCCUUUGAAUACUCCUCAAAUCAACACAUAUCACAACACAGUCCAUACUUAUCCACUACCAGAGCAACAAGCCAACUAUAUUCCCCAACAACAACAACCCCCAUCUCAACAGCCUCCUCUUCCACCACCUCAGCAGGGCCAACAAGCAAAUCCUGUUAGAAGAUUAAAUAUCGAGGAUGCGUUGACUUAUUUGGAUCAGGUUAAAAGCUACUAUCAAAACAAUUCAGAAGUAUACAACAACUUUUUGGAUAUUAUGAAAGAUUUCAAUACACAGAAGAUUGAUACACCAGGCGUCAUUGAUAGAGUCUCAUCUUUAUUUGGAAGCAAUCCAAUUUUAAUCCAAGGGUUCAAUACUUUUUUACCCCCAGAUUAUAAUAUCUCAUAUUCUAUGGAUCCAAAUGAUCCAGCUCCAAUAAAAAUCACAACACCUUCGGGUACUAUAUCCAGAGGCAUGAAUCCAAAUUAUACAACUUACACUCCAAAUAACGAAACUCAGCUUCAACAGGCUGACUCCCAGGCAGAGAGAAAAACUGAACCAAUUGAAAUGGACGAUGCUAUUAAUUACGUUAACAAAAUCAAAAUUAGAUUUACCAAACAGCCUGAGAUUUACAACAAUUUUAUCGAAAUUUUGCAAACUUUUCAAAGAGAACAAAAGCCAAUACAAGAGAUUUACCUGCAAAUUUCAAUACUUUUCAGAGAUGCUCCAGAUUUGUUGGCAGACUUCCAGAAAUUUCUACCAGAUAUCAGUGGUGCAAGCGUUCUGUCUCGCGAAACUCAGCAGACAUAUCAACCACCACAAUUGACGUACCAGCAGCCAACCAAACAUGGUGUUCAAUUGCCUCCUGUGGGCAACUUUUCACCAAGUGCAAUUGGUAGCGUAGAUGGCAAGCAAUACAACAAGAAUGAGAGUGCCCAGCAAUAUCAAAGUGCGGAUGUAUCCCAUGAACGCAGUGUUAUUACCACUUCAGGCUCUCCAAAUGAUGUGCAUGAAGAAUAUUCCCAAGAACUUAGAUUCUUUGAUAAUGUCAAGAGGCAUAUUGGAAACAAAGAAGUGUACAAUAAUUUCAUUAAGUUAUUGAAUCUAUUUACCAAUGAAGUGAUUGAUAAAAUGACUUUAGUUGAAAAGGCUUACAAUUUCAUUGGAUCUAGCACUGAAUUAUUUGACUGGUUCAAGAAUUUCCUUAAGCUUGACACAGACUUGAAUGAAAAGCAUGAGCUCACCAUUAAAAAUGUCAAGCAAAAGAAAGCACACUUCGAAUAUAAUUUAUUGCCAUCUUGUGGGCCUUCCUACAGAAAAUUGCCAAAACUGGAAGGGUUUGCGAAAUGUUCUGGAAGAGACGAGAUGUGCUGGAGUGUAUUGAACGAUGAAUGUGUUGGUCACCCAACUUGGGCGUCAGAGGACUCCGGGUUUGUUGCUCACAAGAAGAACGAAUAUGAAGAAGUGUUGUUUAAGAUUGAAGAAGAAAGGCAUGAAUACGAUUAUUAUUUGGAAGCUAAUGUCAGAACGAUACAGACGUUGGAAACAAUUGCAAAGCAAAUAUUGACCAUGUCACCAGAAGAAAAGGAGCAUUUCAAUCUUAAGGAUGGUCUAAGAACCACCUCACAAACCAUUUAUAAGAAAGUUCUAAGAAAAGUCUAUGGUGAUGAGAGCGGCCUUCAAGUUAUCGAUGCUAUCCAAAACAACCCGAUUGUGGCAAUACCAAUUGUGCUAAGAAGAUUGAAGUUGAAGGAUGAGGAAUGGAAGAGGGCACAAAGAGAGUGGAAUAAAGUUUGGAGAGAACAAGAACAAAAGGUUUAUUUUAAGUCGUUGGAUCAUCUUGGGUUGUCAUUCAAGAAGACUGAUAAGAAGUACUUGAAUUCAAAGCAGUUAGUUACAGAGAUCAAUGGGUUGAAGUUGGAAGAAAUGCAUAAAAAAUUGACAAGACCACAUAAUGUUGGUAAUGAAUUACUUGAUAGCAGUGUGUUAUUGAUCAAUCCACAACUAAAAUUCCAGUUUGCUGAUCUUGACGUUUUAGUCGAUGUUGUUUUCUUGCUUUUCAACAUGAUAAACUCUUAUUCUACUUAUUCUCUCGCAAACAAGAAGGAAUUAAUUGGUUUUGUUAUCUGUUUCCUAAACCUUUCCUUCAACCUUGAUGAAGAAAUCGUCAAAAAAAUGCAGCAUCGCACAAUAUUUCCAGAAGAAAUCAGCGAAAAAUUGAAAGAACAAGCGGAACUUUCAGCUGCCAAUGAGUCCAAUGUAGGAGGUGAGGGAGAUAAGGAAAGUCCGGAAGAUGAAGAAGGAAAGAAAGAAAAAAAGAAGGCUAAAAAAGGUAAAAAGAACGGGGCUGUUACCAAGGAAAGCACUGCUGAUAUUGCUAAGAAUGCUGCUGAUUUAGCGCUUAACAAGGCAUUGGAUAGUCUAAAGAGAACGAGAAGCACUGAGACAUUGACAUUCGAAGGAUUAUACGAAAAUUUGGAACAACUGCUAACUUCCAAAAAGCAGCGGAAAGAUCUUCCAAAGGAACGCGCCACAAAUACUCAUGAAUCGACAAACUCUACAGAAUUGACGAUUAAAGAAAUAAUUUCUGACACUGCCAAUUGGGUCCAAAUUGGUUUGAAUGAGCAAUGCAACAUCGACUUGGAAGAUUCUAUUCCAAAGAAAGGCUGUUCGCAAACCAGAAGAAGGUCCUUAUACAACUUCUUCGGUAAUACUAAUAUUUAUUUCUUUUUCAGAUUGAUUGCCGUUUUAUAUGAGAGAUUAUUAGAGGUCAAAGAAUUAACCAGAGAUGAGGCUUUUAUCCGGGACAUCAAAAGCAGAAAAGAAGUCACAUCAUUUGCCAAAACCUUGGACUUGAAUUACGUGUAUGAUAAUUUUGUUUUACCAUCAGCUUCAAGUGCAAUGGCCCCUGCCAUAAAUUCUUCGGCAUCAGCGAUUGAUAUCGAAACCUUUUCCAAUGCCUUAUAUGCUGAGACUUUAGAAUUGAUCAACAAGUUACUCGAAGGUUCCCUUGAGAGAUCAGUAUUUGAAGAAACUUUGCGUCAAACCUAUUUCAAUAAAGCAUAUAAGUUGUUCUCUUUCCAAAAGAUUUUACAAGACCUCACUAUUUUGAUGAAAAAAGUGAUUUCCACUCCAGCCACCCCAGGUACCAAUGUUGAUUUUGAGUUGUUCAAGAUGUUUGAAAGCGACAGAAUGUCACCGACCACAACCAUUAAAUCGCAGAUAAUAUACGAAACUAGAGUCAGAGAAUUAAUUGGCAAGGAGGAAAGUUUGUUCAGGAUCUCUGUCGAUGAAAAGAAGAAAGAGGUUCAAGUUUCCUACGUUGGUCAUGAUGAUUUGAUCUUGGCCAAUAGUAUCGAUGACUUGCAAUUGAGUUCUUGGCAAUCGUAUUUGUCAAAUUAUUUAUCGUUAGACCAUACUAAAUUGGUUAUGGCCAAUGAUGGCGACAAUAGACAGAAUUCUGCCCUUAAUCCUUUUAUUGAAAUGAAAUUGAGUGAUGAAAAGUCCAAGAACCUUGUGAAAAAUCAUAAAGAUGAUAAGUUGAAGAUCGUUGCUAAAGACGAAAGUAAUGGAGUCUUCAGAGUGUUCUUUUCCAUUGGCGAAUAA